AUGCAAAAAGAGGAUGAUUGUGUUAGCAAUCCUUCAACGUCGAACACUUCGAAUGAAGAUUCAACAAAUGACAGAAGGACUGAUAAUUCUCGGUCUGUUGAUUUAAAAGAGACCCCAAUGAGUCCUGAAGAAGCUAGGAAGCUUGCUGAUGAAGUGAUUGCCCGAUUAAAGGAAGGAAAGAAACCUGGAGAACUUUACGAUGAGUAUCGGCCGGAAACUCAAGUUGCUAUAGCGCACAGUCGCAGGAGUAAACGAAAUGCUUUGCAUGCUAUUCAGGAUGAUACAAAUGAAUCAAAUACCGACGAAAGAGACGAUGAGGGAGUACGUCUAGCGACCUUAGCGUUUUUCACACUCAUGGCUUUGAUGGGCUUCAUGUGCACAUACCUUUUAGUAUAUGUAGUAGAGCCGAUGACAAGGAAGGAGCAGGAAGAAUUAAUGAAACAAGCUCGGGCGGCCGGCUAUGACCUACCCUUCAACGGCGAUACGUAUCUGUUCUUUAAAAGUUUCAUAGCAUUGGUUGUGAUACCAGCCCUUAUAUGCUUCUGUUCUUGGAGAUACAGAAAUAUUUGA